UCAAAAAAUUAGGUUAGAUUUUAGGAAGACAGCCAAAGACAGCAAAAUAGGAAAUCAAAAUAAAUAAAAUGAGUGAAUUGCCAGAAAUUUCAAUAGAUAUUUUAGAACAAGAAGGUGGAAUUACGGAGAAUGAAUCAGAAACGCCAGCUACUCUUACUGAAUCGUCAGAUUCGUCAAAUAAUAAAAAGGAAAAUACAGCUGUUAGUAAACCUGUGAAAUACGUAAAACUUCCCUUUGCAAAGAUUAAACAUAUAAUGAAAAUGGACCCGGACUGUGUAAUUGUCCAACAAGAUGCAGUGUUUCUAGUUACAAAAGCCACGGAAAUGUUUAUCGAAUUUUUAACUAAAGAAACCAACAAACAACUAACGGGUAAUAAACGGAAAACAAUUAUGAAAAAGGAUGUCGAUGCAACUGUAGAAAGUAUACCUCAACUCUGUUUCUUAGAUGGUGCUUUAGAGUAAGAUAAAAAUGUUUAGGUACAAUAAUUAUUUUUACUGUAAGACUAAAAAUAAAACUCAUUUUUGUUAAUAG